GGAGGCAGUCAGGAAACAUUCAGAAAGACUGCCUGCAUUGCUUAGCUGCAUGCUCAUAGCAGAUGGUUGUGUGGGGCAGGAGGGCAGCAGGCCAUGCAUGAACGCACAGACAGACAAGGGGAGAUAAUGGUGCCCAGCUUCUCUUAGGAACUGGACAGAGUUUAGCUGUUCAUGUUUUCACCACCAGACAGUCUCAGUCUUAGAAAGUAGACAUCACUGAGACUUGUGUGUUCCUGCUCCUAUAAUAGUUUCCAAGUUUUUGAUCCAUCUCAACUCUUUUUCCAAACAUGGGGUGCUCCUCAUCCAGUGCACAGACUGUUGAUCAAGAGAAGAGACCAGGCACAAAGCCUGAGGAGAGCAAUGGGGACACAGUGGUCGUCAGAAACGGCAUCGUCCCAGAAGAUGCACAAACCAUCGAGGACCAGAUGCAGCUGCCUGUGCAGACUGCCUUACCAGAUGAUCUUCAACCGGGUACUGAGGAUGAGGCUGUGUUAGUGGCCCUGGAGGCCCAGGAGGAUCUAGGAUCUGGGAAGGACCUUCUAGCUGUUCCUGAGCCACAGCCAGAACCUGCUGUCCAGCCAGAACCUGCUGUCCAGCCUGAACCUGCUGUCCAGCCAGAAUCUGCUGUCCAGCCUGAACCUGCUGUCCAGCCUGAACCUGCUGUCCAGCCAGAACCUGCUGUCCAGCCUGAACCUGCUGUCCAGCCUGAACCUGCUGUCCAGCCAGAACCUGCUGUCCAGCCUGAACCUGCUGUUCCUGAAGAGCCAGCUCCAGAGGUUGCAGUUUCUGCUCCAGCAGAAGAGUCUCCAGAGCCUGAGGCUGCUGUACAAGUGGUGGAGGCACUACCCCUAGUGGAGGAAGCAGCCCCUGUAGACACUGUAGUGGCAGAGGCCCCUCCUAAGGUUGAAGCCCCUGUUGAGGCUACAGAGGAGGCCCUUGCUGUUGUUGAAGCUGUGCAAGCUGAGGCUCCGGCUGUUGUUGAGGAGGUGAUUGCUGUACCAGUUGUUGAACCUGCUGUAUCUGAGCCAGCAGACUCUCCAGUGGUUGUGGAAGAGGCUGUUGCUGAGGCUCCAGCUGAAGUGGUCGCACCCAUGGAGGCUCCAGCUGACAGUUCUGCACCAGAGACUGCCUCAGCAACACCGAGUGAAGCUGUUGUACCAGAUGAAGCUCCAGCACCAAGUGAGGUUUCAGUACCAAGUGAGCCCGCAGCACCAGCCGAACCCUUGUUGCAGAUAAUAAACACAGAUAUUGCUACAGCAACUAUUCCAGAGAUGCCUCCAUUGUCUCAGCCUGCUUCUGAGGAGGCAAAAGAACCUCCUACGGUCCCCGUGGAGACUGCUCCACCAGCAGAGGCACCCUGCCCUACAGAGGCCACGCCUGCUUUGGCUUCAGAGGCUGAAUCUGCUGCUGCUGAGGUUCCAACACCCAUGCCUGCUGUUUCAGAAACCCCUGCAGAAGUAGCCCCAGCAGAGGCCCCUGUGGUUGAGCCCAUGGCAGCAGCAUCUGAAGCACCCUCAGCACCAUCCCCUGCUGCUGAUCCAGCUCCUGAACCUUCACCAGAUGUGGCGUCUGCAAAUGAGGCCUCAGAGAGUGAGAAAGCCAAAAAGCAGGAUUGAGUAGAGAGGAGAUUCUCCAAAGAAUUUAAACCCCCAAAGCAACAAGACAAAGAUAAAGCAAAAGAAAAACUCACUAAAUUCUCAGUUUUGUCUCAUCAACACUCACCAAACUGUACAGCAAGUACGUUAAUAUUCACUGUGCCUUAACAACUUUUCAUUUGGGAAAGAUCAGGAUUUUUCCUACAUUGUUGUAUAUAAAUUUUGUAGAGGUGGAAGAGGAGGAGCUUUUCUAUGGGACAUCAAGUGCCUGGAGCCACAUUCUACACGUGUAGGCCUUUAUACCAAAAGUGCUUUGAAAACACGUAGGACAGGUAACGUGACAAGAGCGUGCAAUACCCUGUGAAAUCUGUGAACUCUUGUUGUAGAGACUGUUAACUCUUUAGAGACUCUAGUGUGUUGAAAUGUAGGGAAAGAUGCUCGCUUUGACUCUUUUUAACAAUAGCUGCAUCUGAGGAAAACAAGCCAAACAUGACUGUGAAUAAAAUUAUGCAAAAACCUGACAGGAACAUACAACUGGAAGGCUGAAUAACACACUGGCUAGGGGCACACUGCUAGCUCUGUUGUAUGUUUUCCUAUGUACAUGACCGUUCAAAAGAUUGGGGUCAUUUAGAAAUGUCUUUAUUUUUGAAAUGAAAGCAGUUUUUUCAAUGAGGAUAGCAUUAAACUAAUUAGAAAUCCAGUGUAGACAUUAUUAAUGUGGUAAAUGACUAUUCUAGCUGGAAACAGCUGAUUUUUGAUGGAAUAUCUCCAUAGGGGUACAGAGGAAUGUUUCCAGCAACCAUCACUCCUGUGUUCUAAUGCUACAUUGUGUUAGCUAAUGGUGUUGAAAGGCUCAUUGAUGAUUAGAAAACCCUUGUGCAGUUAUGUUAGCACAUGGAUAAAAGUGUGAGCUUCCAUGGAAAACAUGGAAUUGUCUGGGUGACCCUAAACUUUUGAACAGUAGUAUAUGAGAUGAUUUCUAAAGAUCAUGUUUUCACACAUGGAAUUUUAAGUUAAAAUGUAAAUUCUGUGAUAAAACCGCAUUGUUGUUUACACAUUAUUUAAUUGCAGUCUUUCUAAUAAGGCUCCUUUGAUUAAUAGGAAUGACAGUACUAAAUGAUGAGUAAUGCAGUGAAAUACUUUUUAAAAAGUGGAUAUCAUUCUCUUUGGUUUCCAUGUGAAAAAAACAACAUAAACAUUAUUUUGUGUGAAACAGAAAACCGUGGAUGAUCAGAUGCAUAUGCAAAAGAUUAGAGCCAACAAAAUAAAUGUUUGCCAGGUUGAGGAUAUAGAUGAUCCAAGUACUGAUGUGUCAUCUUGCUGUUUCAUGAAGCCAUUUUGUACAGAUGUACUGUAGCUGGCACAAGUUGCAAAAAAAUGUCUUCCUGAAAAUUAAGGUCUUCCCAACUAUAACUAUAAAGCCAUGGUGGGUUAGCGCUGAUGUCAUUUGCUUGUAGGUUUUAGUUUAAGCGCAUUACAAAUGUGUAGCACAGUCAGCAAUUAGUUCUACAUGCUGUGUUGAAAACGUAAUGGAUUUAGAAAGUUAUUUUAAUUGCAUAAGAUGUGAUAGACGCCAUGGGAACAAAUUUGCUUUGCUUUACCUUUUUCACCUGUUUUUUUCCCCUCUGUAAUAUAUUCAUUCUCUGAACUUUGUCUAUGAUUCUGUUAACCUUUUAGUGUACAGAAUAAAGUUUUACUCACUAA